AUGACACCAGCUCAGUCGUACAGUGACUUUAUCGAGGGCACUGAGGAUGCAGCGUUCACGCGAGGCUUUUGGGAGAACGCGACACGCCCGGGCUACGAUACACGUUCAACUCAAAGUUGCGACUCGGAAUGGAUGCUCAAUAGCCUUCAAGUAGAAUAUCAAGUUAGCGAUGUCGUUGCGCUUCGAAACACGUUUGCUGCAACCGACAGCCAAGGAUUCAGUGUCUUCAUGAUGGUCAGUUCGAGGGAGGCUUUGUCAAUGAGCUGUGGUGUGUUCGUGGCAAAAUCAUGGAGACGAUUGGGGGUUCUAGAUGAAGGGACGUCGCUUUCUUUUGAGAGAUCUCGGGCGGGGUCCGUCAUCGUACAGACGUCGCGGAAAUGUCGGGCUUUGAUGAGUGGGGAGAGAGCAGGGAGAAUGGCGGCGUCGAAGUUGAAGUUGGGGUGGCUCGAAGUGCGGGUGGGUGAUGAUCGCGCCGUCGCCGCUCCCGCCGUUGAGGUCAACUUUGGCAAGAAUUUCGUGGAAGGUCGUGGAGUAUUAAGAUCCAACUGGCAGAUUCGUAUCGGGGAGGCAUAA